ACAAUAUGAUUCUUUGGCAUGAUUAGCAACUAGACCAACAUUGCGGAACAGCAUUGUCAACACCAUGACAAAUUCCAAAUCGAGCUUCUUUAGCCCUACGAGAUGGAUGAACCUACCGCAUCCACCUAGGGGGAAGCUCGUCGUUGUGCUUGGAGCGAUCGUAUUCUUCGUCUUGGCGGUUGUAGUUCCAAUAUCCCUUAAGAUCCGACCUUCCCACCCCCACUCGAAUGAAUCCUUGGGGCUUCUUGAGGAUGCAAGUCCAGUUGAAGUUGCAUUAUCUGAUGGCGAGGACACAGAUGCAAACUUCACCCUUCGCCCAAGUCCGGGUCCACCCGGUACCAUCUCACCAAGUACGUAUACUCACUCGAUCCUCCCUCUUCUUGACGACGAUGACGACGAUGACGACUCCAUUUCCGACUACCAAGACGAUGCGUUCGAAUUCCUUCGACCGCUCCAAGUGGAUACUUCUUCUCCCCAGCGCUCUGGAUCUCCUUCGCCAGCACCACCGAACGCCUCCUCCUUUGAGCCAUCUGCAGUAAACACUAGCACUCCAUCAAGCAUUCCACUGAUUUUCACUUCCUCACCUUCUACUUCCACAUCUUCAGCAGGUUCACUGGACAUGCUACCCUCGCAACUACCUUCGUCGUCCUCCCAGCAACCUUCUUUGUCGCCCUCUGACGCGGUCACGUUUGUACCCGGUCUUUUGACCCACUUGGAACACGGUUUGUUGCUUUCAGAAGGUCUCACAGCUCAAAUUAUAGCAGAAAGUGGCCAACCAGUCAAGUAUUGGAAUGGGACGACCUCGAAGCUCCAAUUUCAUGGAAUGCCAGACUUUGGGGCGACGUUUGAGGACUUGCGCGACGACAAUCCAAAUGGAUGGGUUUACUUGAGCAACAGCGAAAUGGAAGAAGUUGGUUCCGGGAGCGUAGGAAGCAUUAUCUUUGAUAGUGAAGGUCACGUCAUUCGAUAUGAGCGAUUGCUCUCAAAUACUACGAUGAACUGCGGCGGCGGCAUAACACCUUUCAAUACUUGGAUUAGUUGUGAAGAGACCAAAGGAGGGCGAAAUUAUCAAGUGGAUCCAAUGAAUCAGUUGGUUGCCGCUCCAAUCACGCUAGGGAAGGAAGGAGGUCACUGGGAAUCCUUUGCUUUUGAUGUGAGGAAUAAAAGCAGUCCAAGAUUCUUUGUGACUGAAGAUGCCGAAAAGGGUGCACUCCAACGAUUCACACCACACAAUGCAACUUGGGAUCCCCCCGAACAGGCCUGGAAGAUGCUCCACGGCGAUGGACUGGUUGAGUAUCUUUUGCUAGAACCGAAUUCAGGCCAAACAUCAGGGACCUUUUCAUGGGGAUCAAACCGUGCGGCUGCCAGGAACAACGCGUUCAAUUAUUACCCACAAUCCGAAGGAAUCGAUGUACACGAGGGACGGCUCUUCUUUGUCUGCAAAAAGGUAAAGCAUUUGUUUGAGUUGGAUUUGGAUGCUGGAACCUACACAAGGCAGUCGACCACGACGGGUCUUUUCGACGGUGGUCCUGAUCAGCUACAUAGGAUUCUUGAAGAUGGCUUUGAUGACUUCCUCUUUUUCACGGAGGAGGGUGGCAAGGACGCAGGCAUUCAUGGUAGGGAUGCUACAGGGUUGUUCUUCACAGUGCUGGAGAGUCCCAUCUACAAUGACGAGACCACAGGGCUGGCCUUCUCGCCAUGUUUCAAGCACAUGUACGUAGCGUAUCAACAGAAUGGCUUGCUCUUUGAUGUGACGAGACAGGAUGGUCUACCCUUCUACGCAAGAUCUCUGAAUGUCAAGUAUCAUGCCAUGGAUAGGUGAUGAUUACCCGCGAACACGACUUUCAUAAUGGUUUCCUUAUCUCGGCUGUGAUAUCGUGGCUAAUUGAUACCAGUAAACACCUAUCGUUCAGCUUAUGGGCAGGUCCUACUGUCUUGCUUGCACCUUUUCUCGUCCUCCUUCGGGUUACAGUACUAGUAGCACUAGCGGAUUGACCAGGCAGUCAGGUUUCAGCAGGGCCUUCGGCUGAAGCUCUAAAGCCCAAAAAAUCUCGUGAAGAGACGAAUUGUGACAAGUCCACCAAUGGCGUUUUGUUUCCA